UCUUAAAAGGUUUUAUACACACUAUACGCCAUCGUCACUGCGCCUUUGUUCCUUCGUUUCUGUACAAUCGUCGGCCGCUUGUCUCCUCUGUGCACCGUGAUCGGCCCUUUGUAAGCAAACCCUUGUCUCCCCUGCGCACCGUCGUCGGCGUCUACCGUGUUGCCCACUGAUUCGACGCCGGAGAAGAUUUCCAAAGCCGCCGAUCCCGACGCACUCCUGCUGCAAGCCACCAUUUCUUCCAUUUCUUCUAUCAUUCCGACGAAACCAGCUCUUUCUCUUUGAUUCUCCUCGUUAGUAUGCAUCAAUGAGUUGCAUUUUAAUUUUCACAGGAAGGGUUAGAAGACAGUAAAAUGAGCAAGUAUGGUCUGCAGCUUAGGGUUAAGCCAUCACAGCAGAAGCAGCCUAAGAGACCACCCCUUCCUGCUCCUCUUGGAUUUCAAGAUGAUGACGAUGACAAUGUUGAGAGAGAGAUUUCCCGCCAAGCUUCCAAGAAUAAGGCGCUUAAGGAUAUUGAGGAGCAACAUAAGAAAGCACUAGAGGAGGAUCCGUCUGUUUUUGACUAUGAUGGAGUCUAUGAUGAAAUGAAAGAAAAGGCUGUUCAACCUCGAGCAUAUGAUCGUGAAGAGCGAAAGCCAAAGUAUAUUCAAAAUUUGAUGAAAAAGGCACAAGAGAGAGAGAGAGAGCAGGAGAUUAUAUAUGAAAGAAAACUGGCCAAGGAGAGAAGCAAAGAUGAUCAUCUCUAUGCUGGUAAGGAUAAAUUUGUCACCAGUGCCUACAAAAAGAAACUUGCAGAACAAGCAAAAUGGAUGGAGGAAGAGCGCCUUCGACAACUUCGGGAGGAGAAAGAGGAUGUUACUAAGAAGAGCGACAUGAGCGAUUUUUACUUCAGUCUUCAAAAGAAUGUUGCCUAUGGUGCCCGAAAUGCAAUUGAGCCAAGGGCAACCCCAAAGAAGCUUCAGUUAGAGAAGAAAGAGAAGCAGACAGAAGUUCAUAUUUUGGAGAAGCAUGAAGAGAGUUGUAAUGGUGAUACCUUUAAUGACCAUCAGUUGCAAAACUCGAAGACAAUAGAAGAGCAUUCUCAUCUUGAAGAACGCCUUUCAGCUUCAAACAAAACAACACCAUCUGAUAUAGAAGGUACUAGCCCCCCUACUUUACACGAUAAAGCUCUAGUUCAGGAACGGCCCAAGCAUGAGCAAAGUGAACAAUCACCAAAGCGUGAUCACCAUAAAAGAAAUGAAGAUGCUGUUGCUGCUGCAAAAGAGCGCUUUUUGGCCCGAAAAAGAGCCAAGGAGGUGUGAAAUACUUGUCAAACUAGAUUAAACUGAGUACUAAUAUGUAAAUGUCAUUGUUGUAUCAAGAAUAUCUGAUAAUUAUGUUCUUAAUAGUCAAAUUAGUCUGUAACCUUUGGCUGCAACAUUGCAUUUCUGUUUUAUGGUUCGUUUGAGAGCUACAAAUGAAACCCUAAGAAAGCAGUUGCUUGAAGUCGCAGCGUUUUCAUUGAAAGCAAGUAAAGUUCCCCUUAUAACAAA